GCUCAAGUGCACACAACUCCCGGCGUUGGACAUGCACGAUUCCAGUACAUUAGUGAGUCGCGGCGGCAGCAACACCAGCAACUCCCAUGUCGACGAAAUGGAAUUGGGCCGUCUCUCUCGGCCGCACGCCCCUCGAGGACGCAGUUCCAGUCGCACAUGGUCCUACGUGGUGACCUUCGUGCUGCUGGUCACCGUCAUGUACGCCUUCAUGCCCCCCUCAGCACAGCAGAUCCGCGCUGCAAAAGAACUCAAUCAACAAGUUGCUAACGACAACCAACUCGCCGUGGAGAUGGCGACGCACAGUCCGUCGUCCAGCCAGCGGGGCGCCAAGUUCGACUCUACCGUCACGCGGGACAAGGGCAUCAUCAUGUGCAUGCACAACGAUGCAGUGGUCAUGGGCCUCUCGCUCGUGCGGGAGCUGCGCUGCCUCGGCAACAAGGAGCUGGUCCAGAUCUACCACUGCUUCCCGGAGGAAAUGUCGGAGCAGAACCGCGCGCUGCUGCUCGGCGCCGACGACCGCCUCGAAAUAGUCGACGUUUGUACCGACCUCGUAAAGCGCAACGUGUUGACGCAAGAGGUGGCCGAGAACUUCCGCAACUGGUGGGUCAAGCCGCUAGCCAUGUACCACACCGAUAUUACAGAGGUUAUGUUGCUGGAUAUCGACGAUGUGUUCAUGCACGACCCCGCUGUACUUCGCACCACGGAGGGAUACAACAAGACGGGCACGACGUUCUUCUACGACCGCGUGCUGUUCAGCCGCGAGUUCUUCAACCAAGACGUGAACGGCACCUCGUACCUCAAGCGCGUGCUCAAAGAGUUCGACUACGCCAAGUACGGGCUCGAGCCCGGUUCGAAUCCGUCCACCCGCCUCAAGAGGUCGUACGCGUAUCGGGGCGUAACGUCGCACGAGCAGGACUCGUCACUCGUCGCCAUUGACAAGUCACGCUCGGGUCAGGCCAUGCCGAUCCUGUUCUGGCUGAUCACCGAGGAGCGAUUCAGGAUGCAGCGCUUGGAACGAGACCCGUUCUCCUAUGGCGACAAGGAGAGCUUCUGGCUGGCGUUCGAACUCGCUAAGCAAGAGUACUUCUUCUCGCCGUGGGGUGUCGGAGACAUCUCGUCGUCCACCAAUGGAGACUUGGAGAAGCACAGCGACACCCUCUGUGGUAGCAUCGUGCAGUACAUGCCCGUGGAGGGGCAACCCUCGGACUUCCUCUACGUGAACGGCAAGGCCAUGCUGAACCCGUUCCCCGUCGCGAUGGACAAGCUGGGCACGGCUACGCACAACGUUCUCUUCAACACGAACCCGACGCACAUUACUCCGCGCCAGCGACGCAAGCCCAACGGACGCACGCGCUCCGGCUGGAAAGGUGGCUACGCCAUGGAGUGCCUCGUUGGAUUUGGUGCCGAGCCGCUACCGGAGAAGUUCGCCCCUCAGCUGCUGCGUCGGCGCAUGUUCUACUUUGGCAUUCGCAUGGGCGUGCUCUCCGCGCUCGACCAGUGUUUCCCGUUCGAGGGUAUGAUUUAG